UUAGAAAUUAAAGAGUAAGCUAAGUUAAACGUGCAAACAUAUGUAUAUCGAAAAUAGCAACUAAUUAUCUUAUUUCUUGCUUGGAAUUGGUUACCCUUUUAUAUAAAAGGGUAAACUUAUAAACUAUACUUGUAACAUUUUUUAUAUUAGAUGAUAUUAUAUAGAUAAUAUACUAUCUAUCUAGCUAUUAUACAUAUUAGUAGAAGUAUGUAUAGAGCUUAAAGCUUUCUUGUGGUGGCCGAAGGCGGCGACAAGUGACGGCCAGGGGCUGUUAGCAGGGGCGGAGCUACAUAUUGUGAGAGGAGGAUAUGUUCGAGAGGCACCGCGUGGUCUUCACUAUUGGGACUUCCAUUACCUCCGUUGCCACUGCUUGGAUCGGGUAUUCAUUGCGCCAUUUCCAUGAUGAAAAGGUUGAACAAAGGCUUGAAUCAAUUAAAAAAGUUAUGAAACACAAGCAUAAUCUGGAACAUUCCAAAAUCAAAGACAUUGUUGGUCCUGGAGGUCUCAGUGUUCCUACUUGUGCCGCCACUGCCGCAACAACCUUAAUCAUUGGGAUUGUUCCUUCUUUCUAGCACUUAAUACCUGAACUAUCAUUGCUGUUAAGAUUUCGAAUGUAUUGAAAUUUAAAGGAUUUGUAGUUUACAAACUUCCUAUUUGAAUUGCUAUUGCUAUUGUUUAGUCAAAACUGUGCUUGAUACUAAAGA